AUGCAUCUCUGCGCCCCCGGCACGCAGGAAGACCCUCUGUCCCUGCCGCCUCACGGCACCGAGGUGUUCAUCGGCGGCCUGCCGCGCACCAUCACCGAGCAGCAGCUGCGCGACUUUGCGUCCGAGGCGGGCGACGUGCACAGCGCCAAGCUGAUCAAGGACCCAAACAACCCCUCCCAGAACAGGGGCUACGGCUUCAUCAAGUUCUACACGAAGGAGGCCGCCAUCUCUGCCAUGGACCGGCUGCACUCCAAGGAGCUGCCCGACUUCCCGUCCACCAGGGUGCGCAUCCAGCCCAGCCAGGCCAAGCACAAGCUCUUCAUCGGGGGCAUCCCGCAUGAGCUGAGCCGGGAGGAGCUUAAGGACAUGCUGGACCCGAUAGUGAAAGGUGAGGCGGGGGGGCUGGCUGGGGGUGGGAUUGGGGAGAAGCAGCCCACGGUGGACUAUGCCGAGCCCAGCCAGCGCGACGGCGGCGGCGGCGGCGGCGGUGGCGGUGGCGGCGGCGGCGGCGGCGGCGGCGGCGGCGGCGGCGGCGGCGUGAAGAAUGUGUUUGUGGGCAACCUGCCGCCCGGCGCCACCGAGGACCGCCUGCGCGACAUCUUCAACAAAUAUGGAGAGGUGGAGCGCACGCACAUCCCGCGGCCGCGCGACGGCGACACGCACUCCAAGUAUGGUUUCGUGCACUUCCGCGAGCGCGCGGCGGCGAUGCGGGCGGUGGAGGAUGUGGAGAAGCCGGAGCUGGAUGGAGGCCUGCUGAACGUGCGCUAUGGGCGGUCAGACGGCGGCCAGCAGCAGGGUGGUGGCGGCGGCGGCGGCGGCCGCGGCGGCGGGAGCUACGGCGGUGGCGGCAGCGUUGGCGGGAGCUACGGCGGCGGCAGUGGAGGUGGCGGUGGCAUGGGUGGCGGCGCCUACGACGCGUCUGGGGCCGGCGGCAUGGCUGGCAUGGCUGGCAUGGCUGGCAUGGGCGGCAUGGGCGGCUUGGCUGGCAUGGGGAUGCCUGGCAUGCAGGGCAUGGGCAUGAUGAUGGGCGGCAACCUGGUCUCCCUGGUGCCAGUUCAGCUGCCCAACGGCCAGCCGCCGCCAGAUCGGCCAUGCUAA